AUGGGAUUCUCCAGUCAAGAGUACUGGAGUGGGUUGCCAUUUCCUUCUCCAGGGGAUCUUCCUGACUCAGGGAUCGAACCGCACAUCUCCUGCAUCGCCAGGUGGGAUUCUUUACCGCUGACCCACCAGGGAAGCCAAAGUGACACUGUGUGCGUGCUAGGUCGCUUCAGUCCAACUCUUUGCAAUCCUAUGGAGUAUAGCCAGGCUCCUCUAUCCGUGGGAUUCCCCAGGCAAGAAUACUGGAGUGGGUUGCCAUGCCCUCCUCCAGGGGAUCUUCCCGACCCAGUUAUUGAACACUUAUCUCUUAUGUCUCCUGCAUUGGCAGGAGGGUUCUUUACCACUAGUGCUACCUGGGAAGCCCCAAAGUGA